CGAAAAGCAUCGAGUAUGUACUUAUAUUUACUCUUAUCGUUUCAUUCUUAACUACUUGUUAUUUUUCUAAUGGUAUUUCUGGGAUCAGUUGUGAAAAGUUUCCACAAAAUCUCUGAGAUGAAGUUGAAAUAUCCUAUAACACGCCGUGAUAAUUCGUAUGUCGAUUAUUUUCACGGUGUUACAGUUGAGGACGCUUAUCGGUGGCUAGAAGACCCUAGCUCAUCUGAAACGAAGAAUUUCAUUGAUGAGCAGAAUAUAAUUAGUAAAACUUUUAUUGAGGAAGGAGAGGAUAGAUCCCGUAUUGAAAAAAAGUUAACUAAAUUGUGGAAUUAUACCAAGUAUAGCUGUCCUACAAAACAUGGGGCGUAUUAUUAUUUUUACAUGAAUUCGGGGUUGCAAAAUCAGAAUGUUUUGUACCAACAGAAACGACUCGAGGAUCAACCUAUCGUUUUCUUAGAUCCUAACACCUGGUCUGAAGAUGGAACUAUUGCUUUAUCUCAAAAAUCUUUCUCUGAAGAUGGCAACUACAUGGCGUACGGAAUAAGUGAAAAUGGAUCUGACUGGCUAAAAAUUAAAAUACGCGAUGUUAAUUCGGGGUUGGACUUUGAGGAGUCUCUAGAAAAAGUAAAGUUUAGCGCAAUUUCCUGGACCAUUGAUAAUAAGGGAUUUUUUUACUCCCAAUAUGUUGAAAAUGAAAACUCUAUCGGCGCAGAAUUUAAACGAAAUGAGAAUCAAAAGCUAUAUUAUCAUAAUAUUGGAAAAAACCAAAGUGAAGAUAUCUUGGUUGCAGAAUUCCCCGAAGAACCAUCUUGGCGCAUACAAGCACUUGUGUCCGAUUGCGGCAGGUAUUUGAUAAUGCCUAUAGUUAAAGGUUGUCGUGACAAUCUCCUUUAUUAUAUUGAUCUAAGCGAGACAAAAAAUGUAAUAUCAUCCCUGAAGGUUAUCAAGGUGAUAGACGUGUUUGAAAAUGACUACGAGUACAUAACCAACGUGGGAUCAAAAAUGUAUCUUAGGACGAAUAAAAGCGCCCCCAACUACAGAAUUAUUGUUAUAGAUUUGGAAAAUCCCCUUGAAGAAUAUUGGCAAGCAAUAAUUCCAGUAAGUCUUUAAACAAAACAAGUAAUUUUUAAGCAAAAAAAUACGACCGGCUUCAGGGUCCAAUGAAUGGGAAUUAGCCAAAUUAUUAUAAAAAACGAAUUAUCGGAAACCGAUCACGUGGUAAAAUUUUAUGUGUAAACAUCUGUGUCCUGAACUAUUACCGAACUAAAACAGAAAAAGUCUUGAACAAGUCAAGAAAUGAUCCCGUGUUAUUCCGGAACUAGCCCCGAAAAAGUCCUGAACUAACAUUAACUUCAUUUCAUUUUAUUCAUUUUGCUGAUUUAUAUGUCAUUUAUUCAUUUUCAUUCUUACAACAAAACAUAAUUUUGACAUAAAUAAUCACCGAGGCGAAAAGCUCAGCGGCUUUAGUACCUUACAUGAAUUCGCCUUGCUAAAAUAGCUAAUUAGAUUUGUUUUCAUUUGCACUAUAUAUGUACAUUACACUGACCAGAAAAAAAUUAAAUGGCUUCUUUUUUGACGCUCUUGACUUUUUAGCUUCCUUAAUCGCUAAAAACUAUCCCCUGCAAAUUUGGGGGUAAAAAAUUAACAUUAAGAGGUCUGGCGUGUACGUUUUGUGCCUCCGACUCAAGUGCUUAAAAUUACUCAUCCUUUAAUCCGUGCGCACACGAAAUCCCUCACAAAAUUGAAUUUUUCUAAGGUCUUACAAUAUGUUUUCAAGGACGCUGAACAUGUUCGGCGAGACAAUUUUUCGAUUUGACCCUUACAUUUUGACAUAUUACGAACGCCUUUAAACAAAUCUAAUCGCGCUUCAAAAGUUGAUCAAAAGUUUAAAAGUUGAUGAGGAUUCGCAUAAUGUUACAUGACCACGGGGAAUAAAUACAAUUUCACAUGGAUUUAUUUUACAGUUUAUGCAGAUUUUGAGACUUUCAGAAUUCAGAACUCUUUGAAGAAGUGUUUGUGUUCGAAUUUUCCUUAAAAAACUCGAGCAAGUCCUUAUCCCAUUCUUCCUCAAUUUCAAUGUCCAAUUCGUCUUCUUCAUCGAUUUCAAAUGAAGUUUUCUCGAUUACCUUUUCUAAAGCCACCUUCGAUAAAAAUUGUUCGAUAUUUAUUUGGGACUCUAACGAUAACUUGGAUGCCUUAUCGAUUUCAGAAUCCCGUCGAAGAGUUUGGUUUGUUUCUUAACCGGUGGCUGAUAGCCAUCAUUUUUAACUCUCACCGACCGACCGAAUAACCGACAGUUCAUUCAACAUUUUUUAAAAAUAAAGCACAAAGGUAAAAAAUAACCUGAUAAGUCAUAAGAGUUCCUUUGACCGGUUUUAAACAACAGCUUCGAAAAUAUUCGAAAAUUGGCUACCUUAAUGUAAACAAAUUUCAAUUCAUCGCUUGUGCUACCAAAAUCUUAUAUCUUAUUAUUUUAUCUAUAUAUAAAUAGUCUGGGAUUUCGGAAUAUUGACCAUUUAUUUGACUAAUUUUGCACCGGACUUCCAGCUUUGACUCUAAAAUUUAAGAUAAAAAAAAAAAAUGGAGGUCAACAAUUUGCGCAGUGAGCGGCUCGUUUAAUAUACAACUAUCAUGGACAUAACUUCCAUGAAUCCAUGAAUCUGUGGAAGUAAAAUCAGACUUUACUUCCGUGACCAAAAGUCGAUCGAAGCGCAGUUUGGUAAUCGACCCUGAAACUGGAGAUCAAUUCAUACGUACAUUUAAUUUAAAAUAUUUUGAUGUAUUUGUAUAACUAGCACCAAAUAAAGUAAAA